CUCUUCCCUCCCCUCCCUUCCCCGGGCCUGGUGGGAACGCACCGGCUGCGUCCGUUGGCUUCUCGUCAGACGCUCGUCCAAAGAGCUCUCAGAGACUCCAUCGUGACGGAUCCGGACCUUCCCUUCAACCCGCUCCUGUUUAACAUUCCGCAGUUAUCGAGACGGCGCUCUGCCCGCCGCAUCCUCGCCUCUACGGACUUAUUUUGCACACGGAACACGGGGAUCGGGCCGUUUUUCUUCAGGAUUCAACCAAGUUUAAUCCUAAGCGGAGUUAAGGAUGACAGCCACCAAGGAGCAGCCGAAUCCGAGACCGAACCAGAACCAGCAGCAGCAGCAGGAUGAGGACCUGGGUGGGGGGAACGUUCCUCAGAGGAACUGGAAAGGGAUUGCCAUCGCUCUGCUUGUCAUCUUGGUGGUCUGCUCCCUAAUCACCAUGUCUGUCAUCAUCCUCACACCAGCUGACAAUCAAGCUGGAAGCAACACCAAACUGACUGUGGAGGAUCUGUUCAGACCUGAGUUCCAGGUCCAUGACCCGGAGGCCAAAUGGAUCAAUGACUCGGAAGUCAUCUACAGAAACAGUGAUGGCCACGUCAUCAAGUUCAACAUCCUCACAAACGAAACGGAGAUUGUCCUGACAAACACAACAUUUAUAAAUUUCAACGUGGCAAAGUACUCUGUCUCCCCUGAUCUGAAGUAUGUGCUCUUCGCUUACGAUGUGAAACAGGUUUACCGCCACUCCUACAUGGCCUCCUACAGUAUCUACAAUAUUCACACACGGGAGGUUUGGGAGUUGGACCCUCCUGAGGUGGUGAACUCGGUGCUGCAGUACGCUGCAUGGGGAGUGCAAGGCCAACAGCUGAUCUACAUAUUUGAAAAUAACAUCUACUACCAGUCAGAUGUCAAGAGUAACUCCCUCAGGCUGACAUCCUCAGGGAAAGAAGGGAUCAUCUUCAAUGGGAUUGCUGACUGGCUCUACGAAGAGGAGAUCCUGCAGACCCAUGUGGCCCACUGGUGGUCGCCUGACGGAGAGAGGUUGGCCUUCCUGGUCCUUAAUGAUAGUCUGGUGCCCAACAUGGCUUUACCUCGCUUCACCGGCAUGACAUACCCCAAAGGGAAGCAGUACCCAUACCCUAAGGCUGGCCAACCCAACCCGGCGGUGAAGCUCUAUGUGGUCAACCUUUACGGGCCGACGCACACGCUGGAGCUCAUGCCUCCAGAAACACUCAAGCUACGGGAACAUUAUGUGAUCAUGGUGAAGUGGAUCAGUAAGACCAAGACGUCUGUCCGAUGGUUGAACCGGGCCCAGAACAUCUCCAUCCUGACUGUUUGUGACACCACCACUGGAGCCUGCGUCACGAGACAUGAAGAAAGCUCUGAGCUGUGGCUUUCCAAGCAGAACCAAGAACCGGUGUUCUCCAAAGACGGCAGCCGAUUCUUCCUGACUGUGCCGGUCAAACAAGGAGGACGUGGCGAGUUUCAUCACAUCGCCAUGUUCACCACACAGUUCAGAGCAGAUCAAAACGAAGUCCGACAUCUCACCUCGGGGAACUGGGAGGUGACCCGGAUCGUUGCCUAUGAUGAGAACACUGACAACCUUUAUUUUCUCAGCACAGAGGGCUCGCCACGACGACGCCAGCUCUUCAGUGUUAAAACUGUGGGUCUGUUCCCGCGUCGGUGUUUGACAUGUGAGCUCAACAAAGCCUACUGUCUGUACUUCGAUGCUGACAUCAACCCCACAAACCAGCACAUUAUCCUCCGCUGUAAAGGUCCUGGAGCUCCUACUGUGAUCUUACACAGCCUCAAUCAUUCAAAUUACUACAUCCUUGGGAACAACUCUUUGCUGAAGGCGGCCCUAAAUUGGAAAAGGAUCCAGAUGACCGACUUUAGAACUGUUCAGAUAGAACAUUUUGAUUUGCCGUUGAAGAUCUCCUAUCCACCAGACUUCUCUGAGUCCCGCCACUAUGGACUGCUGUUGCUGAUUGACAGCGCCCCCGGUGGCCAGGCGGUGUCGGACCUCUUCUCUCUGAGCUGGGACUCUGUGCUGGUCAGCUCGGACAGCGUCAUCGUGGCUCGUCUGGACGGCCGGGGCAGCGGCUUCCAGGGUCAGAGGGUCCUGCACGACGUCCACCAGAGACUCGGGACCGUGGAUGUUCAGGACCAGAUCGCAGCAGUAGAAUUCAUGAUGAAAUUUUCAUAUGUUGAUCGGACAAGGAUAGCAGUGUUUGGAAAGGGUUAUGGAGCGUACCUAACAUUGAUGAUGCUCAAGUCUACUGACAGCCUCUUCAAAUGUGCAUGUGCAAUGUCACCUGUGACAGACUGGAAACUCUACGCAUCAGCGUUCUCCGAGCGAUACCUUGGCAUGCCAUUACGGGAUGACAGCAGAUAUCAGUUUUCCAGUGUGCUGCAGAACGUUCAAGCCCUUAGGGAGCAGACUCUGAUGCUAGUGCACGGCACAGCAGACGCCAACAUCCACUUCCAGCAUACUGCUGAGCUCAUCAAGAACCUUGUGAAAGUUGGAGCGAACUACUCAAUGCAGGUCUACCCAGAUGAAGGACAUUUCUUGUCUCAGCAGAGUCGCCAGCACCUCUACGCGACACUGACCAGCUUCUACAGGGAGUGUCUUAAGGAGGAGUUACUACCGGUGCCUGAUGAGGAAGAAGAGGAGGAGGAGUAGGCGUUGAGGCUCAGACCUUGGGCAGAGCUUAAAGAACUUCUGUCAAGGAUCUGUCAAGGUCUUUCACAUUUGGACAAAGUGUUUGGUGGGACAUGGACACUGGGUUAGAGCUGCUGUGUGUGUGUGUGUGUGUGUGUGUGUGUGUGUGUGUGUGUGUGUGUGUGUGUGUGUGUGUGUGUGUAAAUGUGUUAAAAACAUAACUGAAGGACACAACAGUGACGCCAGGACUUGAGGCGGGAACUGCCCUCUAGCAUAAAGUCAUUUCAGUUUUGGGACGCUCUGUUUCUUGGCAAAGCGCACAGAAGACUGCCUCCAUCUUUUGCAGGCUCAUCCACAAGUGCAUGGUUCUUUUGUCUCUCGCUGCUUCACUCACAUUGUCCAAGUUAGUGUCCUUUGUGGUAGCACUCGGGAGGAAAUGAACACAGAUGUACACUUUAGAUCGCACCUCUCUUUUGGUUGUUGUAUUGUUGCACAAGGAAAUGCUCCAGUCAGCCUUGAAAAACGUUAAGUCACGCAAGGUUACCACAACAGAGACGAUCCGGAACAAGUGCUAUUUCCUGAUGAAACUCUCCGCCAUCGCCCGCCCUAAAUGAAAACAGUCUUUAUAAGCCACACUUUAUUGGACAGGGGUCUUGCGUAGACAUGUACAAUGCCUUAUGAGGUUCAACAUACUGUAAUAUUACUUGCUGGCAGUGGUAGUCAUCCAUUUGCAGUGUCAUGUUAACCUAUGUCAACUCAGGUACACAAGACACAGCACUCCAGUCAGUUUAGUGUCAGUUACAACACAUUGUCAGCUGUAUUGUCAUGAAUAAGUUAUGAAUUAUAUAUGGAGAUAAUGGAUAUUGGCCAUACGGUAGUUUCAGUUUAAGGCCACACUGCAACUUCUCUCAAAUAUGUCAUUAAACUUGUUUUCUUAAAAUCUCUGAAAGGGUGUGAGAUGAUUUUUAGCUCGGCUUCACCUGAUUCAAGAGCCUUCUUGAAAUCAAGACGCAUUUUCCUUAUUUUUGGAUAUUCUGUUAUUUUAAGAAAAUAAUGAUUAACUGCAGUGGAUACUAAUGAAAAUGUGUGUACUAAGAUGGACAAUUUUACAGUGUCAGUAAGGUGUUUGCAUGUCUACAGGGAAUGUGUUGAAAGUGUUGUCACAUUUUGUACAGUACAAUACAGCAGAGUGUGUACAUAAAUAUAUUUUUGAGAUGUCAGAUCUCAUAGAUAGUUUAGUCUAUGGGGAUGGAUUGGUUUGACAUGGAUGUCUUGUACUUUUUUUUGUUUUUUAUCUUUUAGCUGUUGAUUUUUUCCUCUUAGGAUGGAUUUUGUAAUGCUUGUUCUUGUUCUUUUUGCUGUUUAAAAGGGAAAGGGCAGGGUUGAGCGGUCGGGGUUACUGUGGUUGUUCUAUAGUGAUGAUUAUAAAUAAAUAAA